UCGUGGAUUUCACUUCAUAUGUUGUUUAAAUAUAAAGUAUAAGUACAAGAUUAUUUCUUUAUUGUUUAGAUGAAGAUAGAAAAUACGUUUAUCUUUCCUACGUGGUAAUCUAAUUGAGUGAAAGAUAGUGUAACAUAAAAUCUACAAUCUAAUUGUUAUUAUUAGACGUAAUGUUUUAAGCAGUGAUUUUAACAUGAAGCAAUUUUAUAAGAAUUUUUUAUUACCAUGCGUACUUAUUUUUACAAAUAUUCUCGUGAUAUUGGCGGAUUCCGAACCCAAGGAAGAUGACGAGAAGGAACUGCUGUCCGCUACUAUGACUGCACCGGACAGUACAGCGAAUAUGAAAAAUGUGGGGUUCUUGCAUGGCUUCGUGGCCUCUCUCAGUGUUAUACUUGUAUCCGAAAUCGGAGACAAAACCUUCUUCAUUGCGGCUAUCAUGGCGAUGAGACAUCCCAGAUUAACUGUAUUUGCUGGAGCCAUAUCAGCAUUAAUAUUAAUGACUGUUUUAUCAGCUCUCUUUGGAUGGCUGGUAACUGUAAUACCUAGAGCUUAUACAUACUACAUAAGCACCGCGUUAUUUGCCAUAUUCGGAUUGAAAAUGCUGUGGGAGGGAUACCAAAUGAAGAAGGACGAAGGUCGUGAAGAAAUGGAAUUAGUUCAAUUGCAGCUGACAAGAAGAGAACAGGAAGAGCACGAAAGAGAUGCACUUCCGGACGUCGAGUCGGGUAGCGUUAAAAGAACCAAAUCUGUCUGGUAUGAAGUUUCCAGGAUAUUAUUGCAGGCUUUUACCUUGACAUUUCUAGCGGAGUGGGGAGAUAGGUCCCAGCUGACUACUAUUAUUUUAGGAGCAAGAGAGAAUGUGUAUGGUGUGAUAUUAGGUGGAAUAUUAGGGCAUUCCGCUUGCACUGGAGUAGCUGUGCUGGGAGGAAGGAUGAUUGCCCAGAAGAUAUCUGUGCGAACUGUAACUCUCAUAGGCGGCGUCGUGUUCUUAGUCUUCGCAUUUUCCGCCUUGUUCUUUGAUCCCAACGCGGCGUAGAAAGAAUUUAUGAAAAUAGUUGUAAAUACAUUGUAGGUAAUAAAUAAUCAAUGUAAAGUUAUUUUAGGCAUAUAUCAAACUUGUAUAUUUAAAGAAAUUAGGUUUCUGAACGGAGGAGUGGUAUUUUGAAAAAGUACUUAAUCGAAAGCUUUAAUUCUCAUUUUGAAAUCAAUUGCACGUUUUGAUCUCGUUGAAAUUGAUCAAAAAAACUAUAUUUUAUUAUGAAAGUUUUCAUUAGAUGUCCUGCAAGUUUAGUAGUCUUUGUACCAUUCUUCUUAAAGGAAAUAAAAAGUUGCUUUUAAUUUUUAAAUGUACCUAAAAAGAAAUAGGUAUCUACUUGAGUGAGUGUUGUUAAACCAUAAUUUCAUAUAGUCAUAUUUUUCUUUUAUAUGUUUGUACUUUAUAAAUACCACAAAAGAAUAACUGAAAUUAACAGUCCCUUGCAUUUUUAGUGAUAAUAAAAGCAUUGUAUGUA